CGCAUGACGUGAUCUCGCGAGAUCUGGGCGCGCCCCGCCCGGCUCCGUUCCCCCCCGCCGCCCUCCCCUCCCCGCAGAGCUAAUAUGGUCGCCAGCGAUGGACCCUGUCAGGACAGGAAGCCCUUACCAGCCGGUAAUUGAAGCAUUAGGAAACUACCGACAAAAGAAGUUCUACAAUGUCUCAAAGCUUGGAGGCGCCAAGUAUGAUACUCUGCCUUAUUCCAUACGAGUGUUGUUUGAAUCCAGUAUCCGUAACUGUGAUGGCUUCUUAGUGAAAGAAACAGAUGCUAUGAACAUCUUGGACUGGAAAACGAAACAGAAUAAUGUUGAAGUGCCCUUCUGUCCUGCCAGAGUUGUUCUUCAAGACUUUACUGGAAUUCCAGCAAUGGUGGAUUUUGCUGCCAUGAGGGAAGCUGUGAGAAAUGCUGGAGGAGAUCCUGUGAAAGUCAAUCCUGCCUGCCCAACUGAUCUCACUGUCGACCAUUCUCUGCAGAUUGAUUUCAGCAAAUGUGCAAUACAGAAUGCUCCAAACCCUGGAGGUGGUGAUUCCCAGAAGCCGCUGGCAAAGCUUUCUCCAUUGAAAGGGCAGUCCCGGAAGCCACCCUGCCGGGGUCAGACUGGCUGCAAGGGGCCGUGCAGCGCUGGAGAUGCGAGUCGCAGCUCGGGGCAAUUUACUGCGCAGAUUGAGAACACGCCUCUCCUCUGUCCUUUCCAUCUUCAGCCGGUGCCUGAGCCUGAGACAGUAUUGAAAAACCAAGAGAUGGAAUUUGGCAGAAACAGAGAGAGGCUUCAGUUUUUUAAGUGGAGUUCAAAGGUUUUCAAGAAUGUUUCCAUAAUUCCACCUGAAACUGGAAUGGCGCACCAAGUUAACUUAGAAUAUUUGUCAAGAGUUGUUUUUGAAGUUAAAGAUUUCCUCUAUCCCGAUAGUGUGGUUGGCACAGAUUCUCACACAACCAUGGUAAAUGGCUUGGGUAUCUUGGGCUGGGGUGUUGGGGGGAUUGAAACGGAAGCGGUGAUGCUGGGCAUGCCGGUUACCCUCACUUUGCCUGAGGUGGUUGGGUGUGAGCUGACGGGCACAGCCAGCCCUCUCGCUACGUCCAUAGACAUUGUUCUAAGUAUCACAAAGCAACUUAGGCAAGCUGAUGUCGCUGGAAAAUUUGUGGAGUUUUUUGGGAGCGGGGUUUCCCAGCUGUCUGUAGCAGACCGAACCACGAUAGCAAACAUGAGUCCCGAAUACGGUGCUAUUCUGAGCUUUUUCCCUGUUGAUAAUGUGACACUGAAUCACUUAAAGCAUACAGGUUUUGACAAGGCCAAGCUUGAGGUCAUGGAAGCAUAUCUUAAAGCUGUGAAGUUAUUUAGACAUGAUGAGAGUUCUUCCAGAGAACCUGAGUAUUCCCAGGUAGUGCAAAUUAGUCUAAGUUCUAUAGUUCCAUAUGUCAGUGGCCCCAAGAGGUCCCAAGAUCGUGUGGCUGUUAAUAACAUGAAAAGUGACUUCCAAGCCUGCUUAAAUGAAAAGUCUGGUGUUAAAGGGUUUCAGAUUGCAGCUGAGAAACAGAAUGACAUUGUACCUGUUCAGUAUGAAGGAAACGAAUACAAGCUAUCUCACGGCUGCAUUGUCAUUGCUGCAGUCAUCAGCUGUACAAAUAACUGUAAUCCAUCUGUUAUGCUUGCUGCAGGACUCCUGGCCAAAAAAGCUGUUGAAGCUGGCCUAGUGGUUAAGCCCUACAUAAGAACAAGUUUGUCACCAGGCAGCGGAAUGGUGACACAUUACCUCAGUUCAAGUGGAGUAUUGCCGUACCUCAGUAAGCUUGGGUUUGAGGUCAUUGGUUACGGGUGUUCCACCUGUGUUGGGAACACUGCCCCCUUGCCGGAAGCCAUCAGGAAUGCCAUAAAACAGGGGGAUAUAAUUGCCUGUGGAGUAUUGUCUGGAACCAAGAACUUCGAAGGACGUCUCUGUGACUGUGUCCGGGCCAACUACCUUGCUUCUCCACCACUAGUAGUUGCUUAUGCCAUUGCAGGCACUGUUAGAAUAGACUUCGAGACAGAGCCGUUGGGCACUGGCUUUGAUGGGAGAAGUAUUUACUUGCGAGAUAUUUGGCCCACCCGAAAAGAACUUCACGCAGUGGAGGAAGAGUGUGUGAUAUCAUCUAUGUUUAAGGAGCUGAAAGAAAAAAUGGAGAAAGGAAACAAAAGAUGGAAUUUAUUGGAAGCACCUGAGUCAACUUUAUUUCCCUGGGAUUUAAAAUCUACUUACAUCAGAUGUCCCUCCUUUUUUGAUAAAUUUGCCAAAGAACCGGUUUCACCACGGCCGAUUGAAAACGCCCAUGUCCUGCUCUAUCUGGGAGAUUCUGUAACUACAGAUCACAUCUCUCCUGCUGGAAGCAUUGCGAGGAGCAGCGCUGCUGCCAAAUAUCUGACCAACAAAGGACUUACACCUCGUGAAUUCAACUCUUACGGGGCUCGAAGGGGUAAUGAUGCUGUGAUGACAAGAGGUACCUUUGCAAAUAUCAAGCUUCUGAAUAAGUUCAUAGGCAAACCAGCUCCAAAAACAAUUCACUUCCCUUCAGGACAAACGCUAGAUGUGUAUGAAGCGGCGGACUUGUACCAGAAAGAAGGCAUCCCUGUAAUUAUUCUAGCAGGAAAGAAGUAUGGACUGGGAAGCUCCAGAGACUGGGCUGCAAAAGGACCCUUUUUACUGGGUGUUAAAGCUGUCCUAGCUGAAAGCUACGAGAAGGUUCAUAAAAGCCAGUUGAUUGGAAUUGGCAUCGCUCCACUCCAGUUUCUUCCUGGGGAAAAUCCAAGCACUUUGGGUCUCACUGGCAGAGAGCAAUUUUCUAUAUUGUUCCCUCCAGAGCUGGCGCCUGGAAUGACUCUGGAUAUUAAGACAAGCACUGGAAAAGUCUUCAGCGCAAUUGCCUUGUUUGAAAACGAUGUGGAGAUCACUUUAUACAAAUAUGGUGGAAGUCUAAACUUCGUAGCUCGAAGAUUCUUGUAGUAGCUACUGACUAUGGGUACCUUGCAUAACUGGUAAUUCUGAAAAUGCCUUGUGUGAACCCAGGAAUCUGUACUGUGGAACUGCAAACAGUCCUCGUGUGCUCAAAGUUACUUCGUCCAUGGAUGUAAAAGAUUGUGAAUCAUUGUAACUGCAACAAGGUCCUUCCUGAUUUUAAAUAAUAUUCUAAUGGUGCUAUUAAACAUUGCUAAAUUCAACAUGUGUAUUGUGGCAGAGAGCUGCAAGUAUGGAGGGGACGUUUUAUCAAACCAUUUUGUAAAUAAACUAUGCGAAAUCAGAAACAUUGUGCUGAAGAUUAUUACGGAAGAUGGUUUUCUGCAGUUGUUUCUGCUUGUUUUUUCCACCUGUAGAUCUGUGUAUCGCUAUGUUGGUUUAAGGGUAGGACGUGGCAUGGAAUGUUAAAGGCCAAACACUUUUUUUUUCAUUUCCAUCCAGAUUUAAAACAGAUACUCGGUUUUGGAUUUCUUGCUCUUUAAAUUAUGGGCUGAAGAAGAAGCAGUUCAUGUGAGGCCCAUGGUAUCCUGGAUCAUAGAUCAUGACUUUCUUACCUUUACUGUGAGCUUAUGUUUCAUCUGGAUCCAGAUAUAAAACUACUCACGCUACGAAACAUUGAGUGCUUGGAAGUGUGAAUUUUUCAUGGGGAAUAUCUCUGUGUUUAGAAGAAUGCUUACAGUGGUUUUGUUCAAGCAGGUUAAGCGUGGCAUCCCAGCUUUUUGGCAGGCUGUAGUGUCUUCCAACUUAAGUCUGUCAUGGCCGCUUCAAGCGAUGCAGUUUGUCAUUUAUGACACAAGCUUUUAUCAUGUUGUCUGCGAUAUCAUUAGGUAAAGUACCUCUUCUUGGUAUUUUAAGCUUAAAAUCUUUAUAAACCUUUAUUAGGACUGUUUAAAUUCCUCUGCUUUAAAUGAAAGCUAUGUCUGGCAAAUUACGCUUGUCCAAUGUUAAACAGCUGAGGUAGCAGUGCUGCCUUUUAAUGCUUUCUGAUGUGCUAUUGGCCAACUCUUCCAAACAGACAUGGGAUUCCCCUGCUGAGGAUCCCAGAAUACUGAACAAAUCCAGGUCUUAACGCCAUUGCAGCUUCUCUAAAUGUAGUAGUUGGCACAGGGGUGGUAAAACCCCAGUUCCAUAUUUAAUGGUGACAGAAGGUGCGCAGCGUAUGCGCUUGCUUCUUGCCACUUCACUGAACGUUGAGAGCUUCUAACUUAUUCAAGUGAGUCCUCAGCUUCAGGCUGCUCCUGUGCUGUGUCUUGAAAAGCUUUGCAAGACCCCUCACAGCUUAUGGAGAGAUUAAUUUAUUUUAGAGAACAAAACUGCAAUAAUUUGCCUAUUGUUAUCAAGGCUUUACUUUUAAGACUUUUUUUUGCUCUUGAUAAAGAUUGUCUUCACUAUCAGAGCCUUCCAGAGGACUGUGUUAGCUUUACUUACGCUAAUUUCAGUUUUUAACCAGGCACUAAGGUUGCUGACUUACCAACCAACAGAAGCAUCAUUUGGAUCUUACACAGUGUGUUUCUGACAUUCCUUUAACAAAAGAUUUUAAAACCCCAAACAUAAUUAUAUCAUUACAAUAUGUUAAUCUUUUGACAGUUCAAAUGUCAAAUCAAUGUGACUUCACUGGCAUAACUCUCUACGCUUUUUUUGUUUUCUUGGACAUAGCUUCCUAAUGUUUGCAGUUCUGUAGGAUCUGUUUUGGUAUUUCACUAGUUUUGCUGUGGUUUUCCUUCAGUAAAGAUAAAAACCAUUCCGGUGACUCCUGCUGCUGAUGUGGGGGAUAAAUCAACGCAUUUUGAAUACUCUAUUCAAUGAGUUUCUGUGCCGUGGUACGCUUCUGCUAAGUUUAUCCAGUGUUACCGAGCAGAUCUUGUUUUCUGUAUGCUGUCUAACACUAUUUUUUUUCCCCAGCUCAAAGGUAUAUUUUUAAUUUAGUUGAAGAAAAUGCAUGUGAUUGGGGAGCAGAUAGGAAUUUAGUGCUAGCACCUAAUGAUGCCUCAUGCAGAUGAUGAAUAAAACCACACCUGCCAGCCUGUUUCAGACUCCUGUAACUGCUAACUAAUGCUUGCACAGAACACGGCCUCCCAUCCAUUGCUGCAGGAGACAACAGUGAUCCAAGCCAUGUCAAGGUAAAGCAGUGUUGUGAAGUUAAGUGCAAUUUCAAGAGGUGCAACUUACCCACAGGUUGACACCACUACAACCAGUCACCUCGUUUAAGAGAUGUGAUGGGUUGCAUUACUGUAGCGACUGCUUUAAUUGUGCCGCAGUCCUGUCUUAGCGAGGGGCAGGUUUUGAGCUGUGCCUGCACGGUUGCUGUUUGUCUGCAGCCAUCACCGGCGUCUGUGGGAGCAGUGUGGACUGACUCCUAUCCUUCUGCUCUGCACACCUCGGGUGUAGUGGGUGCUGUGGGGAGCAGCGCUGCCUCUGGACCCUUCUGCUUCCUGCCCCAUAGGGAGCUGCAGCAGAGAACUCUUGCCUGACAUCCGUGGUAAUGUGCCUGUCCCCUCUCUCAUGCAGCAACGAGCGCUGUAAUGCCCAGGCCAGGGGCGAAGGGAAGACGUUUAACUUUGGACACAUUGCCAGGAUCCGGUGAGGUUUAGCUGGGAGGAGUGACACUGCCCGCUGUGGGCAGGGAUGGGAUGCAGCACAGUCAGGAUUGCUGUGGUCACACACAAACCAGGGCUGUUCAAGUAGACCUCUUUAGUACCUUAACGCAUAGGAGGAGUUGUACCUUUUUGAAGAGUGACUUGGUGUUAGAUGUGUUUAACCUAGACCUCUCCAGUUUGAUCUGGGGGAAGAACUUGUUUCAAUUUUUCUACAUGUUUUCUCUCCUCGUGCCCCUUUGCCUCCCUCCUCCUCCCAAACUACAAAGCUUUGGGGUAGUGUUGAUGUUUAUACAUUUUACACGAGUAUAAAGACAUGAAAACUGUAUAUUAAUCAUAUUUAAGCAACUGCAAAUCAAUGUCUGCUGUUUAAAGCCAACAGAACAGUGUAAGUUUUAAGUUCAGUAAGUAUUGUAUAGAUAUAUCCUAAGGUCAAUCAAUGACGAUUGUGCAUAAAAUGUUACCGAUGCUGUAAAUUAUUUUUAAUAAAGAAAAU